UGGGGGAGAAAAGGAGAGUGGAAGUGGAACCCAAAACCAGAUACGCAAAAUCUAAUCUAACAACCCUGGCUUCUUCUUCUUCGGAUAUAUGGAGACGCCUUUUCCCGGCGCGAAGAAGCAGUAGACGAUUUAUUCCUCCAUUCCCAUUCCCAUUCCCAAUGUUGAACAUGAAUCUCUUUAAGUUCUGUUCAGCUCUCAGAGUACUUGGCUACUUCAUGAUCCUCUUGUUCGCUGCUAUCGUUGCACUCACUUACUACGCUGUCGUUUUCGUUACUUGGGGGCCUCUCUUGUUUCCUUUCCGAUUCUCAUCUUCCUCUUUCUCCGCCUUAUUUAUUCUCAUCCUCUUUCACUCUCUCCUCGUUCUACUAACUUGGUCAUACUUCAUGGUCGUAAUCAAUGAUCCUGGUUCUGUUCCUCUAAACUGGAUACCACAUCAACAACAACAACUUUCACACCUACAAGACCUAGAUCAUGAUCAUCGUCCCCACCCCAAUUUACAUCAUCAUGUUGCUGUUCCUCCAUCUUCUUCCAACCAAUUCGACGAAUUGGAGACGACGACAUCAACAACACCCUCCGCCGGUUAUUGUACUCGAUGCCAAAACGCCAAGCCACCACGAUGCCAUCACUGCUCUAUCUGUCAAAGGUGUGUUCUUAAGAUGGAUCAUCAUUGUAUUUGGGUCGUCAAUUGUGUUGGGGCACGAAACUACAAGUUUUUUCUUCUCUUCUUGCUGUAUACAUUCCUCGAGACAACACUGGAUUGCUUAGCUCUGAUUCCUAGUUUUUUAAGAUUCUUUGGCGGAGCCAAGACUCAUAAAUUGUCUCCUGGGGGCUUUUCUGCCAUUUUCUUGGCUUCUAUUCUCAAUUUAGCCUUUGCGCUGAGUCUUCUCUGUUUCGUAGUUAUGCAUUUAUCUCUUCUGUUAAGCAACACAACUUCAGUUGAGGUUCAUGAAAAGAAAAAAGGAGUCAGGUGGAGGUACGACUUGGGAAGGAAGAAAAAUUUUGAGCAGGUUUUUGGCACAAAAAAGUCCCUAUGGUUGCUUCCAAUGUUUUCAGAAGAGGAUUUAGACAACAUACCUGCACUAAGGGGCAUCGAGUUCCCAAUACGUUCAGAUGUUGAUGUAUGAAGAUCAGGGAGUUUGUGAGUUAUAGGUUUGAACUUACGAUUUUUUAUAAGAAAAAAUAUACCAUUUUCUUCUUACUUAAUACUGGUUCAACAUAGGGCAUGAAAAUACUGCAUUGUGCUUGGUCAUAUAUUAUUUGUUUGCAAUGAAAGAAGGGUGUGGUUGAUUCAUGUAUGUAUGUAAUCUUAUAUUCGAUUUGUAUUGAUUAUUCUUAUAUUCAGUUUUAAGAAUCUUCCAUCUGAA